GUUACGAGACUGAAUAGCCUGAAGGAACUGCUUAUAGUUUUCUUCUGGUAAUCAUGGGAGCAUUCACAUGAACCUUGUGCCCACUGAUCCAGUACUGUAGGCCAAGCUCACUCAGACUUGGUUACUUUAUCUGAAUUGCACAAAUUCGACUACCUAAACUAAAAGAACUGUUAAUAGCCCACAGCUCAGCAACCUGGCUAUCAACGAAUUUCCAGGAGCACCUCUUUUGAGAAAAGCACUGUGUCCUGACUGCUCACCAGAUACAGUUCCAGAAGCUUCUGUCCGCCUGUCCGACAUUAGAUUGUAUACGUACAACAUAUACAGUGGAAAACCAGUGGUCUGGUUUGCUGCUAAGAAGGGGGCUUCAAGACACAAGAUGUGAACUUUACAGAGUUGAAUCUAAAUAAUGGAAUUAAUGGAGAAUACUGGAUAAAGUGCUUCUUCAGAAGUAAGAGCAGAACUUCACCUCAGUUCCUCUGUUCUGUAAGACAUGAACAAACCAGGGCAAAUACAGCUUUCCUUCACCGAAUGCUCCAAUGUGCUACAGCCAAAGUGGAUAAAAAUGUAACAGAAGAGACAGUUAAGAUGUUGUUUUCAAAUAUUGAAGAUAUUCUUGCAGUUCAUAAAAACUUCCUGUCCCUGGUGGAGGAAUGUUUGCAGCCAGAACCUAAUGCGCAGCAUGAAGUUGGGACCUGCUUUCUUCAUUACAAAGAGAAAUUCCGUAUCUAUGAUGAAUACUGCAGUAACCACGAGAAGGCACAGAAGGUUCUGCUCGACCUUAACAAAAUAAGAACAGUGCGAGCGUUUCUUUUGAAUUGCAUGCUCCUUGGAGGACGCAAGAACACUGACGUACCGUUGGAAGGAUAUCUAGUAACACCCAUACAGAGAAUAUGCAAGUAUCCCCUUCUUUUGAAGGAGUUACUGAAGCGUACUCCAAGGAAGCACAGUGACUAUGCAGCACUAAUGGAAGCCCUCCAGGCCAUGAAAGCUGUCUGUUCCAACAUAAAUGAGGCCAAGAGACAAAUGGAAAAAUUAGAGUUUUUGGAAGAAUGGCAGUCUCAUGUUGAAGGAUGGGAGGGGUCCAACAUCACAGACACGUGCACAGAAAUGCUGCGAAGUGGACUACUACUGAAAAUUUCAGCAGGAAAUAUCCAAGAGAGAAUAUUUUUUCUUUUUGAUAAUCUUUUGGUCUACUGCAAAAAAAAGCACAGGCGAUUGAAGAACAGUAAAGCAUCUACAGAUGGCCAUCGUUACCUAUUCAGGGGCAGAAUAAACACAGAAGUGAUGGAAGUAGAGAAUGUGGAUGAUGGAACAGCUGACUAUCACAGCAGUGGCCACACUGUUAUUAAUGGCUGGAAGAUCCACAACACAGCAAAGAACAAAUGGUUUGUAUGCAUGGCAAAAACCCCUGAAGAGAAGCAAGAAUGGCUGGAAGCUAUUUUGAAAGAACGAGAGAAAAGAAAAGGUUUGAAAUUGGGCAUGGAACAGGACACUUGGGUGAUGAUCUCCGAGCAAGGCGAAAGACUGUACAAAAUGAUGUGCAAGCAAGGGAAUCUCAUCAAAGACAGGAAGAAGAAAUUAACCACUUUCCCCAAGUGCUUUCUUGGAAGUGAAUUUGUGUCCUGGUUGCUGGAAAUUGGAGAGAUACACAGAUCUGAGGAAGGUGUUCAUCUUGGCCAAGCUUUGUUAGAGAAUGGCAUUAUCCAUCAUGUUACAGAUAAGCACCAAUUCAAACCUGAACACAUGCUGUACAGAUUCCGAUAUGAUGAUGGAACAUACUAUCCCAGAAAUGAGAUGCAGGAUGUGAUCUCUAAGGGUGUACGACUGUACUGUCGCCUUCACAGUCUGUUUACCCCAGUAAUUAGGGAUAAAGAUUAUCAUUUGAGGACCUACAAAUCUGUGGUCAUGGCUAACAAGCUCAUAGACUGGUUGAUUGCACAGGGGGAUUGCAGGACGAGGGAGGAAGCUAUGAUAUUUGGUGUAGCUCUUUGUGAUAAUGGGUUUAUGCACCAUGUGUUAGAGAAAAGUGAAUUUAAAGAUGAACCACUGCUGUUCCGUUUUUAUGCGGAUGAAGAAAUGGAAGGGUCAAAUAUGAAGCACAGACUCAUGAAACAUGAUCUGAAAGUAGUGGAAAAUGUUAUAGCAAAGUCAUUACUGAUUAAAUCUAAUGAAGGCACCUAUGGUUUUGGUUUAGAAGAUAAAAAUAAAGUGCCAAUUAUUAAAGUGGUGGAGAAAGGAUCAAAUGCUGAGAUGUCAGGCUUGGAAGUUGGGAAGAAAAUCUUUGCCAUUAACGGUGACCUGGUUUUUCUGCGGCCCUUCAGUGAAGUGGAUUGCUUCCUGAAAGCAUGUUUAAACAGCAGAAAGCCCCUGCGGGUACUUGUGAGCACUAAACCACGGGAGACAGUGAAGAUUCCUGACUCUGCAGAUGGACUUGGCUUCCAAAUCCGGGGCUUUGGCCCAUCAGUUGUCCAUGCUGUUGGGAGAGGAACUGUGGCAGCUGCAGCCGGUCUCCACCCUGGCCAGUGCAUAAUCAAAGUGAAUGGAAUUAAUGUCAGCAAGGAGACUCAUGCAAGUGUUAUUGCUCAUGUCACAGCAUGCAGGAAGUACAGGCGGCCAAUGCAGCAAGAUUCUAUACAGUGGGUUUACAACAGCAUUGAAAGUGCACAGGAAGAUCUUCAGAAAACAAACACCAAGCCCUCUGGAGAUGAUGGAGGAGAUGCCUUUGACUGCAAAGUGGAAGAAGUAAUUGACAAAUUUAACACUAUGGCAAUAAUUGAUGGGAAGAAGGACCACGUUAGUCUCACUGUAGACAAUGUUCAUCUGGAGUAUGGAGUGGUCUAUGAGUAUGACAGUACAGCUGGAAUAAAAUGCCAUGUGUUAGAAAAAAUGAUUGAACCAAAGGGAUUUUUCAGCUUGACUGCAAAGAUCCUAGAAGCAUUGGCAAAAAGCGAUGAACAUUUUGUGCAGAGUUGCAACAGCCUCAAUUCCUUAAAUGAAGUGAUCCCCACUGAGCUUCAAAGUAAAUUCAGUGUCAUUUGCAGUGAGAAAAUUGAACAUAUCUACCGAAGAAUCUCUAGCUAUAAAAAGUUUUCAAGAGUGUUAAAAAAUAGAGCUUGGCCUACCUUCAAACAAGCUAAGUCAAAGAUUUCACCACUUCACAGCAGUGAUUUCUGUCCAACUAAUUGCCAUAUCAAUGUGAUGGAAGUGUCUUACCCUAAAACUUCAACUUCCCUUGGUAGUGCCUUUGGUGUACAGUUAGACAGCAGAAAACAUUCUUCCCAUGAAAAGGAAAAUAAAAACAAUGAUCAAGGUAAACUGAAUCCAAUGAUUUAUGUCCAACAUACCAUUACUACUAUGGCUGCCCCUUCAGGACAGUCUGUUGGCCAGCAAGAGGGACAUGGUCUAAGAUACCUUUUAAAAGAAGAAGAUUUAGAAACACAAGAUGUCUAUCAAAAAUUGCUGUUCAAAUUACAAGCUGCACUGAAAGAGGUGGAAACAUGUGUCUGUCAAAUAGAUGACCUUCUUUCUUCAAUAACAUAUUCUCCCAAAUCAGAACGUAAAACACCUGAGCCUUUAAUACCAGCAGACAGUGAUAAUGAAAAGGGGGAAAGGAAUGGGAAGAAAGUCUGUUUCAGCGUGACAGGUGAUGAGCAAGAAGAUUCUGGUCAUGAUACUAUCAGCAACAGGGAUUCUUACAGCGAUUGCAACAGCAAUAGGAACUCCAUUGCUUCAUUUACCAGCAUUUGUAGCAGUCAGUGCAGCUCUUAUUUUCACAGUGAUGAAAUGGAUUCAGGCGAUGAGCUUCCCAUAAGUGUUCGAAUCUCUCACGAUAAACAGGAUAAGCUCCAUAGCUGUUUGGAGCAUCUUUUUGGUCAAGUCGAUUCAAUUGUUAACCUUCUGAAAGGACCAGCUGUGAUGAGGGCCUUUGAGCAGACAAAAUACUUCACACCAGGUCGAGGCCUCCAAGAGUUUCAGCAGGAAAUAGAACCGAAGCUUAACUGUCCAAAGAGACUACGACUCCACAUCAAGCAAGACCCUUGGAAUCUCCCCAGCAGUGUCCGAAGUCUUGCCCAGAAUAUCAGAAAAUUUGUUGAAGAGGUGAAGGCACGAAUACUCUUGGCACUUUUGGAGUAUACAGACAGUGAGAUACAACUGCGGCGAGACAUGGUCUUCUGUCAGAGCCUGGUGGCCACAGUCUGUGCUUUUUCAGAGCAGCUAAUGGUGGCCUUGAAUCACAUGUUUGACAACAACAAAGAAUAUGAAAUGGAGACACUGGAAGCCAGCAGAAGAUGGCUGGAACAGAUAGCCAGUGCAGGUCUUCUCCUUCAUUUCCAGUCCUUGCUGUCACCUAACCUGGCUGAUGAGCAAGCCAUGCUAGAAGAUACAUUGGUUGCACUGUUUGACUUGGAAAAAGUUACUUUUUACUUCAGACAAUCAGAGCCAGAACCGCUGGUUGCGAAUGUACCAAUCACAUACCAAGCAGAAGGAAACCGGCAAACCCUGAAGGUUUACUUCCACCUGGAUAGUUACCAUUUUGAGCAGCUUCCUCAAAGGCUGAAGAAUGGAGGGGGAUUUAAAAUCCACCCAGUGCUUUUUUCACAAGCACUGGAGAGCAUGGAAGGAUAUUAUUACAGAGACAGUGUCUCAGUAGAAGAAUUUCAAGCUCAGAUUAAUGCAGCCUCACUAGAAAAAGUCAAGCAGUAUAACCAGAAACUACGGGCAUUCUACCUGGACAAGUCAAACUUGCCUCCAAAUUCAACAUCUAAAGCAGCUUAUAUAGAUAAGCUGAUGAGGCCUCUCAACUGCUUGGAUGAACUUUACCGACUGAUAGGGUCCUUCAUCCGCUCCAAGCGCACCGCAGCCUGCGCCUACACUGCGUGCAGCGCUUCCGGAGUUGGGCUGCUCUCGGUGUCUUCCGAACUCUGUAGCAGGCUUGGGGCUUGUCACAUCAUUAUGUGCAACAGUGGAGUUCACCGCUGCACUCUGAGUGUCACCCUGGAGCAGGCGAUCAUUCUGGCUCGGAGCCACGGGCUCCCUCCUCGCUACAUCAUGCAAGCUACGGACGUCAUGCGCAAACAGGGUGCAAGAGUACAAAAUACAGCCAAGAAUUUAGGAGUGAGGGAUCGAACACCACAAUCUGUGCCAAGAUUGUACAAGCUAUGCCAGCCACCACCACCUGUUGGAGAAGAAUGAGGAGAACUGCUCCAGAAAACAGUUCAGUAAUGGUCUUUAGGAUACUGGGACUAUAUGACAAAAUCUUACUGUACUAUAGCAGUGUGUGCCUGGGUCUUUGAUAUAUAAACAAAGCAAAUCACCUUUACUCAGGAUAAAGAGAGAAAUACCCUAAAUAUUCUCUAUUGGCAUUGAAAAAUUAUUUCCAAAAAGCAUUUCUGGAAUCUGUAGAGCAGGAAUCUUCCCUGGGAAUUUUACACUGGAAUCUGACUGAUUUGAUGUGUCUUGUUCAGCCACAUGAUAGGUGUAGCCAGCAGCUUGAAAACAAAUGCCUCAUUCAGAGAGAAUGACUUCACUUGUACACUAUACAGCAUGUGUUCUGGUGGAAGGAAAAUAAGCCUAGACAAACUAGGCUUCGUCAUGAGCAUGCACUUCAUAUGGGCCCCUUUGCACUGAUAAUCCCUUUCUUCCUGUCGCCAUCAGAAUGAUGACAUUACUGUUUGAAGAAUAUAAUGUAAGGGAGGUUUAAAGAUGGAAAACAAUCUCAGAAUUUUGUUCAAUGGCUGCAGGCAGGCAGAGGCCAUGGACGCAUGCUUGUCAUCAGUAAACGCAGCCAUGUCUGAAGCAGUCUGUUGUCAUGCUCCCUUGGAAGGAGUACCUGUAUGGCAUAUGGGGUGAAGAUUUGCCCUUUUUCGGUUGCCAGUGUAAUGAAGGAGAAGAAGAAGAAGGGUCUGAUCUUCAUACAUAGUUAGACUGAAUUUCAGACUCUGUCGAACGGUUGUUUUACAUUAUUGUGCCUCUGCAUUUCAGAGUUUUCCAGAGUUGUGUAUAUUCUUGUAUAGUACUGUGCUAGAAAAUCUCCCUAAGGCGAGGAUGAGGCAGUAUUGUUGUGUUUAACUGGAAAUGUCUGUGGUUUAAGUUGGAGCAUAGUUUGGGGGUGUGGUAAUUUACACUACCAUUUCCCCUAUGUUGUCAGAAUUGUUUUGUAUAGCAUUUUAGUUCUUCCGAGUGAUAAUUGUUGUAGAUUUGUUUUGAAAUUGUACUGAGUAUUGAGAGGGCCCAAGGAAAAUGUAUCUGCGUUUGGCUGUUCCUUUGGCCAAAGACUUUUCAGAGAAAAUGCCCCUAAAUGAGAUUUCAUAUGUAAACACAUUAAAACAAAAACUAUAUUCUGAAAUAGUUCUUCUUGUAGCAGCAGCUACGCAGUCUAUUAGAGCAGGACAUAUGCUGUCUGAACAGAAUUUAUUUUUUGUACAACAGCAGCCUAUAGUUAUGCUGUCAAUCAAACCUCACAACAUAACUGUUGCAUAUUAUCUAAUUAUUUAUGAAAUCUCCAACAAAUAUAUUAAUCCACAAGGAAAUACAUGAGAAUUCAAAAUGAGCUGUACUCUUGCAGAGUGUUUGUUAUAUAGGUUGUCUAGGGGACUUGUUACUUUUCUCCAAAGGAGGAAUUAGAGCUCCUACCUUUUUCAGUAUUAAUGUUUUUACAGACUUUAAUUUUGCUAAGGAAAUAAAUAUUUUUAUAUAUGCACAGAUACAUAUGUCUGCACAUAUAUGUGAGUUUCAACACAUGUAUAUUAUGUAGUCAUCAAUUUCCGGUCCAACAUUAAGUAUAGAAUGUUUGCCUUAAACUGUGACAAAGACAUGCAAUAAUGAGCACUUCAGUAACAAUUUUGCCUUUGUGCUUUGAAGUUUACACUCUUUCAUAGUUACUGGAAGCUGUGGGACUAUAAUCUUCUUUAUUAAAAAAACCAACAAAACUAAACCAAGAAAACCAGGAAAAGUUUUACUCUUUAGAAACCUGCUCUUUUAUGUAGGGUGACCUAAUGGCUGUUCAAAAGAAAGUCAGGAUUUCCAUAGUUGCUAUUCUAGUCAGGAUCUCAUACUUUUGGGUGUGUUUUAUUCAGAAAGGCAGUAUUGACUAGACUCCAGGCAAAAAACACAAAAAAUGUUUCAGUUUCUGCUUGUUCAGACAUCAGGCGUACAGAGAAGCCGUAACCUCCUCAUGCCAAGAAUGGUGCCAGUGUCAGCCCUGACUGUGAGCUCCCAUAUUCCAGUGAGAUUUGCCCACAUGAAUUUUGGGUUUUUUUAACUACAAGGCAAUUCAGCUACAGAGAGCUUGUAUGCCUGUAUAGUAUAAAAUAAGCUAGUAGACAAAAUCUGUUGCAUGCACAUACAUCAUUGUAAUCACUUUUUUUUUUAAUUGCAUUGAAAAUAUGCCAAAAUAUUCUCGCUGUGUAGUACAGUAAUUAUCUAAUUUGUUUUGUUGUUGAAAGCAUGGGGUAAUAGACACAGGGGGAGAACACAGGGGGCGAAAUAGUUAUGAGCCAGUCACUGGACCAAAUUUGUUUCAUGAGUGUGCAUCAGAAAUCUUGGCUUUUGUAUCUAAUUUUUAGUUCUUUAUUCUUCCCUUCUCACCUCUCCAGAGGCAUUUUUCAAAACCUUAUUCAGCAUUGUUAGCUUCAUUGAUGACCCAUAAUAUAAAAUAAAAUAUCUAUUUAGCCUGGUAUCAGAGGGGGUGAGAAACUUAAGCCCUGGUUUUCUGGGAUUACAGGUGGCACAUAAAGAUAGGGUUUCCAGAGAAAAUUGGGCUUAAAUGUUCCACUGACGGUCUAUGGAAAGUGGGUGCCUAAUUUCUCAAAAUGUCCUACAAAAGGCAGUGGUUACUUGCAGAAUUGUGCAGCUUGUCAAACUGCUUUUCCUGUCCCUCUGUUUUCAGAGCUCACUGCACAUUCCAGUACAUCUGGCUUCUAAUAACAUUGGAUGGACCUUUAAGAAGCCUGUUCUUAAAUUAUAAAUAUACAUAUGUUCAUUAUUAAAACUAUUUAUCUUGUCUGGUAUAUGUAGAGGAUUUGUUCCUGUUGCAAGGUGCAGUUAUGGAGUAAAAAAAAAUCCAUUCUCGUCACAGUAUGUUUAUCAUGUCAUAAAUUCUUAGACUUACAGAUGACAAAAGAGAUGUCCAAGAGUGAUGAUUUACAAGAACUGUAACACCCAUAACUUGUUAAAUCUUUGCUUCUACAGCAACAGAUUAUGCAGCCUGUUUUUAUGACAAUGUGUUGCACUGGUUUAGGGAAAGCAUUCUGUAUGUAAUUUUAGCUCUUUCAUCCAAGACAAGUGUAAUCUUCUGAGAAUAAAUUCAAGGAUCUACAGACAUACAUUACUGGAUACUGACUACUGUGAUUCAGUGGUAGUCCCUGAGGGAUUUAUAGGCGAUUUAACGGCUGAGAAGGGAGGUUUAAGGGCCAAGGAACCAUAGGUUUCAUGCUUGGAGAAUACUUAAAUUUUGAUUUUAAGGUGGAGCUGAUGAUGUUUGGCCUAUCUUUGUAACUAUCAUCUACAAAACUAGGAUUCUAAGCAGUUUUUAAUCUAUGAAAUGACCAUUCAGCCUAGUACCCCAAAUUAAGUAUUUCAUAACACUUCAUUUUCUUGUGGAUUGUUAAAGAAUUUUUUUAAAGUUUAUAUUCCAGUUGCUCAAUGUCAAUUUUUUUUUUGUGUUUAGGGAUUAAUCUUAAUGUAUAUAUUCCUGAUAAUAGCUGAACAAACCAGCCAAUUAGAUGUCCACUAAAAGAGCUGCAAUCUUUAGUGGCCUCGUAGGUAAUUUUCACUGUUUUAGCAAAUGCAUCAGGUUCCCAGAUUGGUUUUUAUUUGUUUGUUUUAAUGCAGUCAAUUGAGGUCAGAACUACCCUUCUAGUGUAUUAGAGCCAAACCAAUUAAACUUAAGUUGAUGAGGAUUUAUAGUAAUCAUACUUAAUUUCAUUUGUUGAGAGUCCUGUAAUGGAAAAAAAAUGAACCAGUUUUAUUGAUCAGUUUUUACCUAGACAAAUUCACAAGCAAGCAAUAGCAGUUUUUGAUUUUGUUCAUUCCUUGUCAGAUGCAGUAUACAUACAUAUAUAUAUGAAUAUAUAUAAGACAAUUGCCUGAAUGUGAGUAUACACAUCACUGUUAAGCAUGAUGCUCAAAAAAGGAAAAUAUCUUUCAUUUAAUUUUCAUUUAAAUUGGGAAAUCAAUAACUGUAGUUUAUAUACAUAUUGUUCUAUACUCUUUACAGCUGCUUCAUGGAUAUGUCUGCGAGCAUUUAAUGCAUAUUUUGCACCAUUUUUGUUUAACAUUAUGAAAAGAGGAGAGUUUCUCAAUCUAAUGUGUUGCCUUAUGUAUUUUAUCUCUGUGCUUGUGGAUAAAUGCAGGUAGUGCUUUUCUAAUUGUACUCUAGCAGUACACCAGCAUUUAUAAAUUAGAUGCACAGUACAUACCUGUCUCAGGAUACCUGGACUUUUCAUCACUAGGUUUUGAAGUAUAAUAAGAUACUGAACUCAUAUUUAGUAUGCUGACAAUUGUGUAGGUUCUUUUUAUGUACUGUAUAUAUCAAUCAAGUUUUCCUCAAGAAAAUGUAUUUUAGGAAUGUUUCCCUUUCCUUCUAGAAGAUGUAGGUUUGUUUUCUUGUUAUGUAUGUGUAAAUGAAUAUACAGCAUGCAAAGUCAUGCAGAUGUUCACGCAGGGAAGAAAUUUCAGACUGUUCAUAGGCCAAUCAAGUAGUAAUUUCUUAAGUUCUUCAGAAAUACCAUCUCCAUGCUAGAAGUCCCGUACGGCUACAGUGGAACUUUAUAAAUAACCUCUGUUUCAGUUUUUAAAUCCAAUAGAGUGUUCAGAGUAGCUGUGACAUUUCUGCAAGUACUUAGAUUUGGACUUUCAUGGGAAUAUUCACAACAUCUGUUGUGGGAGUGUGUGUCCUACCUAUACCAUGCACCAGAUUUUAAAAGGCUAAGCAGCCUUAAUAACUUUUUAACACCCUGUAUAUAGUGUAUGUAUUUGGUUAUACUUAUGUUACACUUUACAAAUGAACUUAAUGUCUUUAUUGAGUAUUGCACACAUUUUUCAAAUGAAGAAUAUAUUGUUUGUAACGUAUCAUUAAGCACAGGAGAGCAUUACUGCUUGGAAAUAUAAUGUAUAAGUACAGCCAUACACAGACUCUCUCAGUGAGCUUUUGUUUGCAAACAGCCAAACUAGCAGCUCUGUAGGUAGCUGCCAUUAUUAGAAGUAAACUUUGGAAUUUAAUGUUAAAUAACCUUGAUACAUGGAUUUAAAUUACAUUUUGCUUUUUUUGUAAAGUGUCUGUGUAGCAUACUUUGAAUUAGUUGCUAUAUUGACUAUGGGUUAAACUAAUACUUUGUACUUGUAGAUCUAUGGUUUAUUUUUUUAGUCUACAUAUUAAAGACUGGAAUGGUAACAAUGUAUUACAAAAUGUCAGACAGCAAUAAAACCAUUCAUGAUAUGGCCA